CCAUUCGAGUUGGGAGAAGCUAAAAAGAAGAGGGCUUGGCUGAGUAACCUGUAACCCUAGAAAGAAGUCUUCUUCUUCAGGUGCUCAUACUUCUCACUUGUUUUUAUUUCCAAUCCUGUAAAAAUUCCAUCUUUCGUCUGCUGGAUCUGCGAGGUUGUGCAAUGGAAGCCAGAAAGACAAAGGAAGAUGCUGUCUUGGAUGUGAAGCCUUUGAGAUCCCUUGCUCCGAUGUUUCCUGCUCCUUAUGGAUUCAACACCACAUUUAGCUCUUCUGACUCGGCCCCUCCCUUUGUUUGUGUUAGUCCCUUUGGUGCCCCGUUACCUUCCGAGGACAGGUUUCCUUCUUUUUUCAAUACUCCAGUUCCAUCUUCUCAACCGGCCAAGGAUCGAGCUCCUUCUGCCAAUGGCUCUUACCAAGGGGCAUCCCACUCACCAGUUGCCAUUGACCUUGAUGAAGAAGCUGAGCAACUUAUCCGCACCUCCAGUUUUGGAAGGAAAAUUAAGCGCCCUGGGAAGAUGGGCAUAAGUCACUAUCACCUUGCCGGUGGUUCUAAGGCCGAAGGCGGCGGUGAUAGGAGCAAGUCGCAGCAACGAAAAAGACCUCGAAAAAUAACUGAUUUAUCAUUGAUCCGUCCCACGUCUCUUGAUCCUAGGGAGUCGGUUGAGGUGGUUCUAAUGACAUUCGAUGCACUCCGGCGGAGACUUCAGCAAUUGGAUGAGACAACAGAUGCUAACAAACGCGCCGACCUGAAGGCCGGUUCCAUAAUGGCGGCCAACGAUCUUCGCACUAACAUGGGAAAAAGGAUAGGAUCUGUUCCAGGUGUAGAAGUGGGAGAUAUAUUUUACUUUAGAAUUGAGUUAUGUUUAGUUGGAAUGCAUGCUCCAAGCAUGGCAGGCAUUGAUUACAUGAUGACUAGAUAUGCAGACGUGGAUGAACCGUCGGCAAUCAGUAUUGUCUCCGCUGGUGGUUAUGAAAAUGAUGAGGGUGAUGUUGAUGUGUUGAUUUACAGUGGCCAAGGGGGUGGAGGUGGCCACAAACAUGCUGAGAAAAAACAGUUUGAUGAUCAAAAACUAGAGAGGGGUAAUCUUGCUCUUGAGAAAAGCACUCAUAGAGGCAAUCUUGUAAGGGUGAUUCGGAGUGCAAAAGAUAUGACUUUAGUUUCUGGUAAGAUUUAUAUCUAUGAUGGGCUCUAUAAGAUUCAUGAGUCAUGGAUUGAAAAGGGAAAGUCUGGUUUCAAUGUUUUCAAGUACAAGCUGUUGAGGGAACCUGGACAACCGGAAGGUCUUGCCGUGUGGAAGCGAACGGCGGAAUGGAUAUUGAAUCCAUCAUCUAGAGGCCGAGUUAUACUGCCUGACAUAUCGUCUGGUGUUGAAAAUAUGCAAGUUUGCCUUGUCAAUGAGGUUGAUGAUGCCAAAGGUCCUAGCCAUUUCACAUAUGCCACUAGUGUUAAGUAUAUCAGGCCCAUCAGCUCCAUGAAGCCUUUGCAAAAUUGUCGUUGCCUUAGCGUCUGCCUUCCAGGCGAUGCCAAUUGCUCUUGCUCACAGCAGAAUGAUGGUAGUCUACCUUACAGCUCUAAUGGAUUGCUUGUGAACCGGAAAUCGGUCUUGUACGAGUGCAAUAGUUUAUGUUCUUGCUCCUUUAAUUGUCGAAAUAGAGUGACCCAGAAGGGUGUCAAACUUCACUUUGAAGUUUUCAGAACUAAGGACCGGGGUUGGGGUCUUCGUUCUUGGGACCCUAUACGUGCAGGCACCUUCAUAUGUGAGUACGCCGGUGAAAUUGUUGAUAAGAUAGAAGUUGAUGAUUUUGGUGAAGAAGAGCAUUAUAAUUUUCGAGCAACUUACCUUGACGAGAAGACACAAAAAUGGAAUCAUGGCCCUGAGUUAAUAGGCGAACCGAGCGUAAAUCAUAGCGAGAUAUUUAAGCCACUGCCUAUAAUCAUCAACGCAAAGAACUUGGGUAACGUAGCUCGUUUUAUGAACCAUAGCUGUUCACCUAAUGUCCUUUGGCAGCCAGUUUUAUAUGACCAUAGUGAGGAAGGAUAUCCACAUAUUAUGUUCUUUGCUAUUAAGCACAUUCCUCCAAUGACAGAACUGACAUUUGACUAUGGUGUUAGUGGAGACAAUGGAUUGAGCUCUCUUGCUGGACUUAAGGAACCAAAGAAAUGUUUAUGUGGCUCACCAAAGUGUAGAGGUCUUUUUGGUUAAUCUUGUGCAGAAUAUGCAUGGAAUGAAAUCAAAGGGAUUGAGAGUAAAUGGAGCAAAUAUGUUGGUGAUCAAAUGUUUGACCAAAACCUUUGAAGGCUCUUUUUUGUAAAGCUUGCCUGUAGAAGGUGAAGCAUUAUAUGCAAGACAUCAACAGCAAAACCAUGGAAAGAAAGUUCUUGGAGUAAUAUCCUGUAGCUUUUUUGUAUCAGAAGCGAGCUUCUACUUCUAAAUUACUUAACCAGGUUAGGAUUGGCCAUGACUUAGGACUUUUAAAUCUGUAACCUUUUUUUCUGUUUUCUACUUCUUUUUACUCGGUGUAAGAUAUUAUAGACUAUGUAACAUGUAAUCUUUAGCCUAUUUCUUAUCACUGCUGAUC